GAUUGCCCACCUUGCAAAAACACGCUUUAACCCUUUUAACCAAAGUUUUGCCCUUUACCGAGAUGUAUUCCGUUGUUCAUAAAAAAGAAAAUGCUCACGAUGAGAGCAUCUGGUCCUGUGCAUGGGGCCGUUAUUCACACGAAAAAAGGAAAAAAGACCAACAUGAUGAUGAGAAAUCCAGGGAUUCAGUGUCCUCGGAUGAUGCACCACUUGACUACAUUAUAACCGGAGGUGUUGAUGACUUGGUUAAAGUUUGGGAAUUACAAGAUGAUCGUUUAGUCUUAAAACAUAAUCUGGAAGGCCAUUCUUUGGGUGUUGUCUCAGUAGCUAUUAGCAAUAAUGGGAAAUUGUGCGCUUCCAGUUCCUUAGAUUCAAGUAUGCGCAUCUGGGAUUUAGACAGAGGGGAGAAAAUUGCCAAUAUGGAUGUUGGGCCUGUGGAUUUAUGGACUGUGGAAUUUAGUCCUGAUGAUAAAUAUAUAAUAUCUGGUUCACAUGCUGGGAAAAUUACAGUAUACAAUGUAGAAACAGCAAAAGCUGAACAAACUUUGGAUACCAGAGGCAAAUUUAUUUUGAGUAUAGCCUAUAGUCCUGAUGGUAAAUAUAUAGCGAGUGGAGCCAUAGAUGGAAUUGUAAAUAUUUUUGAUGUAGCUGGAAAUAAAUUAUGGCAUACUUUGGAAGGACAUGCUAUGCCAAUUCGUUCUCUUUGUUUUUCUCCAGAUUCUCAACUUUUGCUCACAGCUUCAGAUGAUGGUCAUAUGAAGCUUUAUGAUGUCCAACAUACAAACGUGGUUGGUACUUUAUCUGGACAUGCUUCAUGGGUUCUGAGUGUUGCUUUUUCUCCAGAUGGCAAAAGAUUUGUUUCUGGUAGUUCUGAUAAAACUGUGAAAGUUUGGGAUUUCGCCACUAAACAGUGUGUUCACACCUUUAAAGAACAUACUGAUCAAGUUUGGGGUGUUAAAUUUAGUCCAGAUAGUAGUAAAAUUGUAUCUGUAUCAGAAGAUAAAAGCGUGAAUGUGUACAGCUGUCCUGUUUAAACUGUUCAUAACAAAUAUACGUAGUGGGGAAAUAACGGACAUCUGUAAAUGUUUAUUCAUUAACAACCAUAAAAUAUCGUCAAUACAGGAUGUAAACAUUUUCAAUAAAUUAAUUACUUUUACACAUUAA